AUUGAGCAGAGAAGCUACCGGAAAAACAGAUAUAAAUGAAUACUGCACCAGCCCUUCCAUUGAAGUCUACUUUCGUAAAUAUACUUCUUUAAGUUUCGCAUGUAUCUGUAUGUUGCAUGGACAUAUUUAGCGAUUUGUAUGAUUUGCACGAAGUUCAUCUUUAUACUGUAUUAUGCAGCUUUGUACAGAUCCAAACAUCCACAUUACAAGCCAAUGAGGGAUUGUGAAUUGUAUCCUGAAAUACAGAUUUAGAUAUGACGGCAUACGCUGAGACCAAUAGUUGGAGAAAUUCCAUCCUCAAUCAAUUACAGGAGAGAAACAAAAGAGAAACUGAUCUAUUUCAGGAACUAGUGGAAGAACAUACCAAAAUAUUCGAAAAUUACAAUACGUUAUAUACAGAAAACAUUCAGCUGUCAAUACAAGUAGAAAAACUUAAGGGUAGGGGUAGUCUCGGAUCCAAUAGUUCUAGUCUUGGCGAUAUUAAACUCCAAGAACGAAUACAGCACUUAGAGCAGAAACUGCUCGUUCAAGCCGAGGAACUGACGGAAUUGCAUCGAAGAAAGGGAGAAAAUGCGCAACAGAUAAUCGAUCUGAAUGCUCUAGUUCAAGAAAAGGAGAAAAUAAUUGCUUCCAAAAAUGUGAUACUAGCAGAAAACGCGGCAAAAAUGGUGUCUCUCCAAGCCGAAAUUUCCAUGUUAGACAAAUCAAAAAACGAACUGCAAUAUCUUUGGGAUACUCUUAGAGACGAACACCAAGCGCUCCAGAUGCUGUUUACGUCAUUAGAGGACAAAUUGAGAAAGGCCCAAGACGAAAAUAGGCAACUGGUAGAAAGACUUAUAAAGUACAAAGCGAAGGACGCAGACCGCAUGAACGAAGAAAACGAUAAUUUUCUUAAGAAACGCUACGCAAAGAUGCAGAAAGAGAUAGAAGAAGCGUGCAAAGAUACUAGAGGAUCACCCGAAGAACUGACUGAAGGUUAUGGUCCUUUAUGUACUUCGAACCUACCAGCUAGUUUAAAUGUUAAGUUUGAUGCCCACGAAGGAGAAGUUAGUGCUGUCAAAUGGAGUCCUCUGGAGAAGCUUUUAGCUACGGGAGGUGCUGAUCGCAAGUUGAAGCUUUGGGAAAUUUCUAAAGGUUGCUACGAUAGUAAAGGGACGUUAGUAGGUAGUAAUGCCGGCGUUAUGGCUAUAGAUUUCGAUUCCUCGGGUUCUUUAAUCUUAGGUGCUUCCAACGAUUACGCUACUAGAGUGUGGACAAUCGCAGACCAGAGGUUACGGCAUACUUUAACUGGUCAUUCUGGUAAAGUGAUGGCUGCCAAAUUCUUAGGGGAAGCUUCCAAGGUAGUCACCGGCAGUCAUGACCGCACCUUGAAAAUUUGGGACCUACGUAGUCGAGCUUGUAUAGAGACCAAAUUCGCAGGUUCCAGUUGCAAUGAUCUUGUUACGGUGGAUAGUGCAGGUUCAAUAAUUAUAAGUGGCCAUUUUGAUAAGAGUAUAAGGUUUUGGGAUAGCAGAUCGGAAUCUAGUGCCAAUAACGUAGUUUUAAACGGUAAAGUUACUUCGUUAGAUUUAACAAGAGAUGCCAAGUAUCUCGUUUGCUGCGUCAGGGAUGAUACCCUUAAACUUCUCGAUCUACGGAUGAACCAAGUAGUGACGCUGUUCAGCUGCGAUGGUUUUAAGGUGGGAUGCGACUAUUCGAGAGCGACUUUCAGUCCCGAUGGGCAGUACGUCGCUGUUGGGUCGGCCGAUGGGUCAGUAUACAUUUGGGGCGUGAAUAGCGCUAAAGUGGAGACGAUACUCAAGGAACACGGAGCUGCAGUUACCGCGACAUCUUGGAACCCCUUCGGGAACUUUCUUACUAGUGUAGAUCGUUCUAAGAAAGCAAUAGUGUGGAGCGAUAUGUAAAUCGAUGCUUUUAUGUAAAUAUUGUUGAUCUAAACCAACUUCGAACUCGUUUUUCCUGAUUUGUAUUCUACGGGGCGCGUCUAAAAGCUGUAACCAUUUUAUUUUUUGAACCGUACUACUCACGAUUCAUGAAUAACUGAAUUAAGCCACUUGUAGAUUGUUUUUAAGAUAUUCAGUGACCAUUUUCUAAAAGAAUUUGCAACGGGGUCAUAAGUAAUACAUCAUUUGAAAGCUAUUAAAACUUGGUACGGUUCCAAAUUUUUGUGCUAUUUUGGUGUGUUGUUUCAAAAUGUGGCCAGUGUACCGCCAGUGGCGGUAGUGUUACAAAAAGUUGUGCAGUGUACCUUGGUAACUAACCUUCUACACUUUAUAAUAUGUAUAUGCCAACUGCCUUGACUCCAAAUUACAGGUAUAGGUUGGCUUCAAGCUGUCAAAUAUUAGUAAGGACUUUUUACGUAGGUGCAAGGGAAUCAUACAUUUUACUUACUUGGACGAAGACACAAAUCACCCUCUUACUUUCUCCAAUACUCUUAACUUUUCUCCAUUGGUCUCUAUCUUCAACUGCUCUAAAUGUUUGGCAGAAUAAGUGGCUGAAUUCUAAAUUUGGUUGGACCACCUGGUUGGUGACAGUCCUCUUGAUGUUCUCCCCGGAACGUUUCCAGAAACGCUUAAUCUCUCUAAAUUAUAAUCACCUCUGCGAACCACGUGACCAAGGAACUAUGUAAUGUGCUGCAGACAUGUUGUGGACAGCCUUGUUUUAAUGUCAAGUUGGUUAAUAAUAUAAAUGUUUGUGCGAUGAGCUGUCUAAGGUAUGCCCAAGCAAUCUCUUCUUGAUUUUUUGAGAGAUAGACUGUCUUUCCAAACUUUAGUUAGGAGACUCACGGCAUUUUUGUGCAUACCAAUGCGUCUCCAAAUUUCUGCUUCGCAGUUGCCAUCGUUAGUUAUACUAGAUCCGAGACAGAUGAAGUUGUCUACUCCUGCAAGUGGUUACUCAACUGAAUAGUGGUUAAUCUGUCUAUCACCAUUAUUUUCGUCUUUUUUUAUUAAUCUUAAGACCAACUUUGAUGCUGUCCAACUCAACUCUUCGCAGGAGAUCUAACAUUUUUUGUUCAUUUGCUGCUGGAAGUGUACUGUCAUGAGCAAAUCUUAAAUUGGAGAUUUUUCUACCAGCCACCAUUACUCCAUCAACUCAUCCUUCUAAAGCUAUUCACACAAUAUCUUCACAAUAAAUAUUAAAUAAGACAGUUGCAAAACGGAACUUUGUCUAACCCCUCUCUCUGCUCUGAAUUGGCUUGAGAACUUCUGAUCUAGUCGUACUGUUGCCAUAUUAGACUGAUUAGGUAUUAAUUAUGUACUGAUUAGGUGGAUUAAGUAUUUAAAAUUCUCUCGAGAUUUGCAUAAGACUUUUUUGAAAGCUCUUGUACCACUUAGAAACAAAAAAAAUACUUUCACUGUGAGUCAGUUUAAGAUAAUUUUAAAGCGACAGAACCACACACAAAUGUAAAAGCUUAUUAAAAGACACAAGAGCUGUCAAAUGACGCACUCUACUGCAAAUGUUUAAGAAAAAUGAUAUAAUAUUUUUGACAGAUGUCAGCACAAAAGAAAUGAAUUUUAUUAGGAUAUUGCAGAUUAUAGAAAUAAAUUGUCCUAUUCGAGCAUUCUUAUAUAAAAAUUUAAUAAUACCAAGAUAUUAAAGUUAGUCCGUACUUUUUUACAUACUUGCCAUUGAACUGCACCACAGAAUCACACAACAAUCCAGGAACACGAACACACUGAAUGGCACAAGCGUGACCAGACAUCUCGUAACGCGACAGUUCGUAACCGGACAACUGGUAAAGGACAAUUCGUAACAGCGACACUUCGCAGCGGCGACAGUUCGUAACUAUACAAAUUCGUAACGUCCAAAUUGAAUUAUUCUGUUUAUUUUUGUUAACGUGGAAACUAACUGUUAUUACAGUUAUAAUUAAAAUUAUAUUUAUUAAUUUAACGAAUCAGUACCGGGAUAAACAUGUUUAACACAUUUUAUGUUUCGUGUUUCAGAAUAUGUUAAAAGUCUUUAAACACAAACAAAUAUUUAAAUACAUACAAACUUUUAACAAUAUUUUUAAAAGUUUAUCCCUCUUAUUGUUCCUUAAAUUUGCAUAUACCUAGACAAAGGAAUAAUGAAGUAAUUCAUGAAAUAUUUAAGCAAACAACCGUCUUUAGACAUUCCCAAUUUUCUAGUAAAAAUUUUGUAAAGGAAAGAUUAUAAUUACCUAUUAUUAUAAUAAACCUUGUGAUUGGUUAUAGCGUUGGGGUAUUCAAUCAACGGUUAUAGUUGAUACGAGGAAUGGUUUUUAAUACUUUAAUACUUGGUUUAAAUACAUUUAUUAUAUUCUGAAAGACGAAAUAUGAAAUGCCUUAAAAAUGUUUAUCCUGCUACUGAUUCGUUAAAUUGAUAAACAUAAUUUCAUUUAUAAUUGUAAUAACAUUUAGUUUCCACGUUAACAAAAAUAAACAGAAUAAUUCAAUUUAGACGUUACGAAUUGUCCAUUACGAAUUUGUAUAGUUACGAACUGUCGCUGUUACGAAUUGUCCGGUUACGAACUGUCGCGUUACGAGAUGUCAUGGAACCGUCACAAGAGCUUCCAAAUGAGGAAUUCUUGCCACAUGAUCCUGUUUGAAAUUAUUUUACAAGAUGGCGCUCGUCCGCCAUUUUUAAUAACAACGUUACAAGAUCUUACAAACAAUACACAGACGGCUUAGUUUAGUUCCUCAAAAAAUUAUUAUUAAUGUAAGUAUGUAUUAUGGUUCAGAUAAUAACGAGGGUAUGGACUUUGUACGCCCACUUUUUGUAUAUUUUAAACUUUUAAAUAACUAAAGGCCUAUAUACUGUGACAUUGUGAUCAAAUAAUAAAUUUAAUAUAUAUAUAAUUAUUAGCACAAAUUGUAAUACUUUUUUCAAAGGCUUUAUUGUAUUGGAAAUGUGGGGGGAAUGCAGUGGCGGCUUGUGGUUAAAUAUAGGUACAAAAUAAUUUUAUAUAACAUUUUAUUAUCGCGUUCUUUCCUUCUUUAUGGUUAUUGUUCUCAUUCAUAAUCGAUUCCAAAUUUCAAGUCUGAGUUAUUCUUCUUCUUCUUUAGUUACUGUACCGGGUGUCCCAAUAAGAAUGGCUCUCGGCCAUAUCUCAGGAACCGUUUAUAGUACAGCUUUGAGAAAAAAAUAUUUAUAACAAAAGUUGCCUCGGGAAAACCCUGGAAUUUAUUUUUAUAAUUGUAGGCCCACUGCUAGAGGGCGUACUUAAAUAUCAAAAAUAAAAAAAUCAAAAUUUUACAAAAUUUACCGAAUGAAAGUGCACUGGAAAUAUAAUCAUCGUAUUCUUCAUAAAAUUCUGCGCAUAUUUGAUUUCACAAGUUUAAGUCUACCUUUGCAAAUAAGAGGUGGGGGUGAGUGGGAACCUUCUUAUGAAAAAAUGGCUGUAAGUCCGGUUCUGCUAAAUCGAAUUUUGCAUACUUGGUCUUGUUGAAAACAGCUCUUUUUCGUCAAUUUAAGAGUGUUAUUUUCGAAAUAGCCUAAUACGUAAUAUGCCAUCUAGUAGGCGUUAUUUAAUUAUUUUCAGAAAUCUAGUUUUCUUUGGAAAAUAUUAAAUACAAGUAUGCAUUUUUAAUACUGUAUUACAAAAUUGGACUAAAUUGGCAACAUAAUACCGAAAACCGCAUGUCGAUACCUUUUUUAUAUCUCGAGGUAUCUCAAGAAACGUAUAAAUUUUAAACAACUGUUAAUGUCACCGGUAAACGAAGUUAAGGAAAAAUAGUGUGCUAUGGAAAAAACAAAGAAACAUUUUCCAGAUGUAAACGUAUAUAAUUAAUUAAAAGAACAAUAAGACAAACAACACUAUAAAAUAUAACAAAGAAAUAAAAGCAACUACUUACUUAGUGACGACCUAAAUGUUCAAAUUGUUGCCCAUCAUUUUCGAUGCAAGCAUUUACUCUUUAAAGAGUAGAUUGAACAGUAGUCUCAAUUUCUGCUUUCGCAAUGCUUUGAAUGGCGUUUCGUAUUCUCUAGAUUCUAGAUCAUGUUUUCUCGAGUAGUGGGACUAUCGGCAAAAACAAGGUCUUUAAUCCGUCCCCACAAAUAAAAGUUGUUAUAUUUUAUAGUGUUGUUUGUCUUAUUGUUGUUUUAAUUAAUUAUAUACGUUUACAUCUGGAAAAUUUUUAUUUGUUUUUUCCAUAGCACACUAUUUUUCCUUAACCUCGUUUACUGGUGACAGUAACAGUUAUGUUUAAAAUUUACACAUUUCUUAAGAUAUCUGGAGAUACAAAAAAGAUAUCGCCAUGCGGUUUUCGGUAUUAUGUUGCUAAUUUGGUCUCAUUUUGUAAUACAAGAUUAAAAAUGCAUACUUAUAUUUAAUAUUUUCCAAAGAAAACUAGAUUUCUGAAAAUAAUUAAAUAACGCCUCCUAGCUUGCAUAUUACUUAUUAGGCUAUUUCGAAAAUAAAACACUUACAUUGACGAAAAAGAGCUGUUUUCAACAAGACCAAGUAUGCAAAAUUCGAUUUAGCAGAACCGGACUUACAGCCAUUUUUUCAUAAGAAGGUUCUCACUCACCCCCACCUCUUAUUUUCAAAGGUAGACUUAAACUUGUGAAAUCAAAUAUGCGCAGAAUUCUAUGGAAAAUACGAUGAUUGGAUUUCCAGUGCUCUUUUAUUAGGUAAAUUUUGUAAAAUUUUAAUUUUUUAAUUUUUGAUAUUCAAUUACGCCCUCUAGCGGCGGACCUACAAUUAUGAAAAUAAUUUCCAGGCUUUUCCCGAGGCAACUUUAGUUAUAAAUAUUUUUUUCUCAAAGCUGUACUAUAAACGGUUCCUGAGAUAUGGCCGAGAGCCAUUCUUAUUGGGACACCUGGUACAUUUCUGCCAAGGCAUCCACUAUUCAUUAAUUCUUGUAAGAUGUUAGGUAGUUAGGGAUUAAAUGGUUCUAUGCCAUUUCAACCCCAUACUAAUCGUACCAUUUCAAACUAUGGAUUUUCAUCCAUUAAUGAAUCGUUAUGCAUCCAUGACAUAUUUUUACGUCAUAGAGCUCUUAAGAUGUCUUCUGAGCUCUUCAGUCCCCUUACUUUUUAUUAAUUCAAAGUGGUUUCUAUCCUCCAGGCAAGCCUUAUGUAAUUCUUCCGCGUAUCUGACUUUUGUCAAAUAUUUUAAGAAUAAUCAUGAUUUCAUACACUUCAAAAGCUUUUCAUGUUUAUUAAUAUAUCUGGCCAAUAUUGUCCAUGCUUAUAUCAAACUUAACAGUUAAGCAUCUUCUACCUAUAGAUGAAUUCCAAUCUGCGAAUAUUCAAAAACUUUCGAAUUUUUUGAGACAACAUUUUUGGUUUUUCUAUUCUGCUCUUUAUUUCAGGAACACAACUAUCUUCUACAACAACUAUCUUCACAAGCAUCUUCUACCUAUAGAUGAAUUCCAAUCUGCGAAUAUUCAAAAACUUGCGAAUUUUUUGAGACAACAUUUUUGGUUUUUCUAUUCUGCUCUUUAUUUCAGGAACACAACUAUCUUCUACAACAACUAUCUUCACAAGCAUUUUCUACCUAUAGAUGAAUUCCAAUCUGCGAAUAUUCAAAAACUUGCGAAUUUUUUGAGACAACAUUUUUGGUUUUUCUAUUCUGCUCUUUAUUUCAGGAACACAACUAUCCUUUAGCUGCCAGCUCAAGUAUGAAUUCUUUAUCCAUCUACUUAUAUCAUUCUUCUUCUUGUUGUACGACUCUUUGGAGUUUGGAAAUCCUCAUGGCUAUCCUGAUCUUAUGCAGGUACAGCUGAUCUAGAUUAUUUUACUUCCUUUUUUAUUGAGAAAACUUUUGUUUCGUUGUAAUUUUCAAUACAUAUUAUUGCUGUCUUUUUGACAACACAUAUUGUGAUUUAUUAUCUAUAAUUUCCAUCUUAUAUCUAGUCGCCACUGUAACGUUAAUAAAAAAAAGCUUUUUAAGACAUCACUUUCUUUCAAAUAAAGACUAUUAACUAUAUUAUCUAUUUUAUGUACAAAAUGUUUAAUAAUUUCCUAAAUGUUUUUAUAAAAUAAAAACUGUAUAUAUAUAACCAAAACGGUGCAACAUCCGUAGGUGUCAUGAGCUAUAAGCAUUUAAAUGUAAAUAAAUAAAAUUUGUCAAAUUA